GCUGAGGAUGGAGCCGGAUUCGUACUCGGUCGUGGACCCCAACAUAGAGAAGCUGUUCAAAAUUUUCUUGGAUGAAGAGGAUUUGGUCGGGAGCGGGCACGGGCACGGGAGCGGAUUUAACAUUCAUGAAGAGGCGUUGAUUCCUGGCUUGCGGCCGCCCAAACAGCCGUUCCACUAUCAGAUCCGCGACACCAGCCACAAGGCCUUCUACCUGCGGGACAACAGCCUGGUGGCCGCGAACCUGCAGGGCGAAAACGCCAGCCAGGAAGAGACGGUCAGCGUGGUCCCUAACAGAAGCCUGGAGCGCAAGAGGUGUCCCCUGAUCCUGGGCAUCAAAGGCGGAAGCCAGGGCCUGUCUUGUGGAACAGCCGAGCAGCCCCGGCUGCAGCUGGAGGACAUGCACCUCAUCGAGCUCUUCUACAAGGAUGAGGAGGCCAAGCGCUUCACUUUCUUCAAGACCUAUAACGGCAGCAUGCACCGCUUCGAGUCAGCUGCCUACCCGGGCUGGUUCCUCUGCACCUCAACCCAGGCCAACGAGCCCAUCAGUCUCACCACUCGCCCGGGGGAAGCCGACAUCACCGACUUCUAUUUCCAGCCCAAAUAGCCACGGGGCGGGAGCCAGAUGCUGCUUCAGCCCUGCCCUCCCGGUGACUAGCCAUGGUGGAGAGGUUAGAGCUACCCACUGUGAUGGGUUGGAUCACAGAAACCCCCUUGGGAACUGCCAACUGAUGUGCCAA